AUGGAUGAAUCUCACAGUUUGCUACUAAAUGAGGAAGCGUUGAGGCAGUGCCCUGAUCCUAAGAAACCUGUCUUUCUUUAUGAAUGGCUACGAUAUUUGGAUAGAAUCUUACCAGUCACGCAAAGGUCUGACCUAAAAUCGAUACAAUCGCAGUUGGUCCAGCAACUAUUGUCACGGUUAACAACCAUUAAUGGACCCCCUAUACGAUAUUUACUUGCACGAUGUUUGGCACGAAUAUAUUUAAUUGGUGAUAGUUCAACAUUUGGUGAUACAUUAACGUUGUGUAAUGAUACAUUGAAGAUAAAAGAUGACUCUCCUAGUCAACUUCCAGCCAAGCUUGCUGCUCUCGCGUGUAUAGCCUCUUUCUAUGAGACAAUGGGGAGAUGUGGAUCCAGCUUUGUCGAUACGUUUCCUAUAAUGGUAAAGUGGCUAAAAGUGGCGGAGUCUCAAGGACGUGCUGAAAUUCUAAUGACAUUGUCGAGUAUGGUUACUGGGCUGGGCUCUGGUGCUUCUAAUUUUUAUAAAGAUGUUUACAAAGCCGCCAAAGCCCAUUUGGCUGAUAGAGUUAUGGCAGUACGAGCAGCUGCGUUACAGUGCGUGACAGCGCUGGUGCCAGUUUAUCCUCCGCUUUACUCGACUGAGCUUGAAGCAGUAGUCACAUUGUGCACAAAAGCACUGGAUGGUUCUAACUACGAGACACGUCUUGCUGUAGCUCGUUUGCUAGCUGUUCUACUGGCCACAGCUCUGCAACCUCCACCACCAAUGUGUACGUUUUAA